GGCCCGCUCUGCCAGACACAAAAACAGCCGCCAGCCACGCUGUACAGUCAGAUCUUCCUUUAAUAAGUUGAGACACACACAAGUGUUGCUUUCUAACUGUUGGAGCACGUUCAGUGUCUCAAAGCUCAGAAAGAGUCAACACUCAAUGGUUUGUCUUAAACAUCUGGAUAAAAGAUCAGCCUUUAACUUGACAGCGAAACUUUAACGUUGAGCUCUUUCACAUUUAUCUUGGAUAUCCUGCUCAACACGGACUCUGGGGUCGAGUUGGGCUGUCCUCAGGGGACUCUGCAUGCUCUCUCACUGCCGGAGGAAGAAGUCAACCCUCGCUCACUCUACCCUGCAGUAUCAUUUGAACCCUUCCCCUUUCCUGCGAGCGGAGUGAGUGACUGACAGAAAUAACAGAGCUGCUUUGAAAGUUUAAGACUUCUCUUCGGAUCUUCUGUACAAUUCGGAGCUAUGCUACUAAACACCCUUUCAGAAAUGCAGUGAAUGUCACGUGUGGGGUUAGAUUGCGUAUUUAGAACGACAACAAAUCAGUAGGAGAGGAGAAACAACUGAGGAAAGUCUUCAGAUACAACAGCUCCCUCUCUGCUUCUUCCUUCUGGAGAGACCAAUUGGACAUCACACUUCUGCCUUGUUGAGGCUUGCCUGGGACCUUAGUGGUACAACCCUGCAACAUUCCUCAAAAUGUUUCCUGAAUCCAGAGGCUCUGAGGAUUAAUGCAGAUCUGUCCUCUAUCGGACUGGGUUUUCUUUUCAUUUCUCACCUGGAACCUUCCUGUGUUCGCAGUACAAAAGCUCAUGGAGUCAAUCCAGAACCACCCGCCUGUUCAUGGGAGAAAAAAAACAGACUGAGUUGUGAAGUUUCAGAAUCCACAGGAGGCUCGGUUCAGAUGUUCAGGUUAUUUUCUUUACAGCCCAGAGUGUCUCUUAUGAGUCAGGAGCUCACGGGACAAUGAACAAAGACCUGGCACUGGCAAGGAAAGGGGCGCCAACUGUUUUCGGGCACGGUCGGAGACACUCGUGCUUGGGUUUUGAUGUGGACAAUGGCCUGUCGGUGGGUCGCAGUCCACUGGACUCUCAGACUAGCCCGAGUUCUGGUCUGGUUCUUCAGGGCAACUUCCCUCACAGUCAGCGCCGCGAGUCCUUCCUCUACCGCUCCGACUCAGACUUCGACCUUUCGCCCAAAAACAUGUCCCGCAACUCGUCCACUGCCAGCGAUCUGCAUGGAGAAGACAUGAUAGUGACUCCAUUUGCACAGGUUCUUGCCAGUCUCCGAACAGUGAGAACUAACUUUGCUGUUCUGACACAUCUGCAAGAUCGUGUCACAAACAAGCGUUCGACAAGCAGCCAGCAGCCGUCCAUGUGCAAGCCAUGUCUGACAGAGGAGCCCUGCCAGAAGCUGGCGGUGGAGACGAUGGAGGAGCUGGACUGGUGUCUGGACCAGCUGGAGACGCUGCAGACGAGACACUCUGUCGGCGAGAUGGCCUCCAAUAAGUUUAAGAGGAUGCUGAACCGCGAGCUGACGCAGCUGUCAGAGACGAGCCGCUCAGGGAACCAGGUGUCAGAGUUCAUCUCCAACACCUUCCUUGAGAAACAACAUGACGUGGAGAUCCAUUCUCCACCCUCUAAGGAGAAGGAGAAGAAGAAGAAGAAGAAGAGGCCGAUGUCACAGAUCAUUGGUGUGAAAAAGGCCACACAGAGCCCCAGCGUAGCCCCCACCUGCAUCCCUCGCUUUGGAAUCAGCACACCACACGAGAGCCUGCUGGCAAAGGAGGUCGAGGACAUUAAUAUUUGGGGUCUGGAUGUUUUCAAGAUAGCAGAAUUCUCCGGAAACCGCCCUCUGACGGUGAUCAUGUACUCCAUCUUCCAGGAGCGAGACCUUCUGAAAACCUUUAAGAUCCCAAUGGACACCUUCAUCACCUUAAUGAUGACCUUGGAGGACCACUACCAUGCAGACGUAGCUUAUCACAACAACCUUCAUGCAGCGGACGUGGUGCAGUCCACCCACGUGCUCCUGUCUACCCCCGCUCUGGAGGCAGUGUUCACAGACCUGGAGAUCAUGGCUGUGCUGUUUGCUAGUGCCAUCCAUGAUGUCGACCACCCAGGAGUUACCAACCAGUUCCUCAUCAACACAAGUUCAGAGCUGGCGCUGAUGUACAACGAUGCCUCGGUGCUGGAGAACCACCACCUCGCUGUCGGCUUCAAACUGCUGCAAGAAGACAACUGUGACAUCUUCCAAAACCUUAGCAAGAAACAGAGAGAAUCCCUCCGAAAGAUGGUGAUCGACAUGGUGCUCGCCACAGACAUGUCCAAACACAUGAACUUAUUGGCGGACAUGAAGACGAUGGUGGAGACCAAGAAGGUCACCAGUCUGGGCGUCCUGCUGCUAGACAACUACUCUGACCGCAUCCAGGUUCUGCAGAACAUGGUCCACUGUGCCGACCUGAGCAACCCAACCAAACCGCUGGAGAUCUACCGCCAGUGGACGGACCGCAUCAUGGAGGAGUUCUUCACCCAGGGAGACCGAGAGCGGGACAAAGGCAUGGAGAUCAGCCCCAUGUGCGACAAACACAACGCCUCCGUAGAGAAGACCCAGGUGGGCUUCAUUGACUACGUUGUCCACCCUCUGUGGGAGACAUGGGCGGACCUGGUGCACCCUGACGCUCAGGACAUCCUGGACACCCUGGAGGACAACAGGGAGUGGUACCAGAGCAUGAUCCCCCGCAGCCCCUCGCCCACCAGCCCCGAGGAGCACCGCGUGGAGGCGCUGCCAGGAGCUGUGGAAGCGGGGGGGGCUGUCUCCUCAGGAGGGGACAAGUUCCAGUUUGAACUCACUCUGGAGGAGGAAGAGGAGGACGAGGAGGAGGUGGAGUCUGACCUGGAGAGCCCCCUGGAGGAGGAGUCAGGUGGGGAGCGGCAGCGGGACUCCUCCUCCCCCUCUCUGUCCCCAGACCCCCGCAGCAGGUACCGUCCCCCCUCGCCUCACCCGUCCCGGACCCUGGCUACCAUGUCGGUGCGGAGCCCCCACAUGACGCUGGCCUCCCCGGGACGGGAGGGGGCCGACAGGGACCGAGAACUGAGCCAGGAGGGGGAGGGGGUGGCGUGCCUUCGUAUGGGGACGUAACAACCAGCACCACCUGCCCCCCCCCCCCCCCCGAGAGACAGGAGACGGGAUGAGGAGAGGCAGGGGCGGGGCAGGCCUCUACCGCUAAAGUCUGUCAAAUCACUACAGUCCCUUUACACUGGAGACACCCGCACAGAGGGACGUUCCCUCUCCUGUUUUAUUUUAUAUUUCGACAAGAUGAAUCGUCUCAGCCUCUCUUUGGGUGCCUGAUUGUGUCCGUCCUGCUUUGUUGUAGCUUCAGGUCGGAGUGUCCCAGACAAAGACUGCUGCAUUUGAACCAGGAAGAAGAGUGAGUGGAGCCGAGGCGGGACACUCUAACAUGAACAAAAGGUAAAAGGAAAUGUCUUCCUCUAAAAUAACUGAUUGUGACAUUCAGACACGAGAAUGAGGACGCCGUGGUUUGACAGGGUCUUGGAAAUAUAUUUUGCACCAUAGUUUCGAAUUUUAGGAUAUGGAAUUACUGUUGGAAUAAGUGAGUAUGAUUUCUUUGUUUGAGAAUGAUGUGAGAAAUGAAUUAUUUUACCAAAUACAGGAUGUAGAUGAGAGUAAGUCGAAGGACCUAAACCUCAGGGUAUGAAGGGAAAUCUAAUGUAGCAUGGAUGUAGUGGGUUCCCCUCACCCUCGAACACAUCUGUCUUUCCUGUUUGAUUUACCUCCAAACUAGAGACACACCUGAGACUUUGUUUAACGGUGCGUCUCUGCAUUGAAUUAAAACCCUUUAAUAGAGAAUUUGGCAAAUGAAGCAAUCACAUAGUAUAUAUUUAAACCUGAUUGUAGCAGCACAGAGAUUGAACACUGAAGAAGACUGAACCCCAGUCUCGCCUGUUGAAGAUGUAAAAGACACCACCUGUAUAAUUAGUUUGGGCUUUAUUUUUUUACCUGAGGAGAUUUUAAAUGGUGUCAUAGUUUUAGGGUUUCAAACUGUUCCUUGUUGUACAUUUGUGCUGGUCUCGUCUGUGUUUAUGUGCUUAAAAAGCAUUUUUUAUCAGGGUGCCUCCGGUCCACAGUAGCACUUUACUGUAUCUGCCCUUCAGCUCUUCUCUUCAGUCAUUCAAAGGGCUUCGUCCACUGCAGGCCGACUGAGGAUCACACAGCACGUCUCUCCACAAGGCAGGGCAGGAACAUCAGCGAUUAUCAACAAUUUCACAAAAUGACUGGACCAACGGCAAAAUUCACAACCUUUUGGUGGUCUGAAAGUAUAAGUAUAAGAAGUAGGUAGUCUACUUUUUGCCUCAGUUUCUUAAGGAACUGAAAAAAGACAAAUAUAACAGGUGCAACUAAAUGAUAUUCACACGGUUUGCACUUUUAAAGGCAAAUGUAUUACUGCAAUGUUCUCUAAGUUUAUCCUAGGUUCAAGAUUUAAAUCCAAAGCUGCCUUUUUGAAACAACAAAAUAUUGUCUCUGAUGUAAGAUUAGAAAGUGUUCCCACUUAUGAUCUGCUUAACUACAAAUUAUUAUGAUGUAGACAAAACAUGUGAGAAUAACCUUUCAUUCAUAUUUGCCUGACAGCAGCCCAGAAACAGAUGACGAUGAUUAUUCUCACACUUUGAAGGAUAUUGUGUUAUUUAAACAGUUUCCUUGUUGUGAGCAGAUCCUAUGAAAAGACUAAAUGUUAGUUUCUCAAUACUUUCCUCCUGCGGCUCUCAGCCCAGAGAGCAUUUUUUUUAAAUGUGUCAUAAAUAUAAAAUGUUUGUAUUUAAUUCUAAUUUUUUUUAGCAAACAUGACUAUUGGACUUCUUUCAUCUGAUUAAACAUGUAUUAAUAUAUAUCAAUAUUAUUAUACAAUUAUUAAUAAUGAUCUAUUUAUUUCCAACAGCAGGACAGUGGAUCUAGGAUUGAUCUCAAAUAAGCUAGUGCACAUCUUCAUAAUGAAGCAAUAUGUCUCUCAGUGUAGCUCACUGAUGUCUUUUAAAUAUUUCCUGCACAACAAUAGAGGUCUAUCGACAGCUGUUGCUUUUUUUAUCUUUUCAUGGGGGUUGUUGACAGUAACACAAAUAUGAAAUAUCAUAAAAUGAAUCCAGUGAUUGGGACAUUUUGUUAUUUCUACACCUCGAAAUUAAUAUCAUGCUGAAGAUUGUUUAUUUUCUGGAACCACACAAACAGAUUAAGAUUGUUUAUUUGGAUGCAAUCUUUCCAGAUAAGUCACCAUACUGUUCCUUUCCUGCCCUGCGGACAAACUCUGAUGAAGAGAUCAGAAGUUGCUCACAGAAAUUAAUCAAACUAAACCGAUUCUCAUUUGAUAGAAAGUGCCCGAAUGGGAUAUGACUGUGUGCCAUAAGUGUUGAAAACACACGAUCACCUGCCAGCCUACGAUGCUGUACAUUUUUACACUAGAGAUUUUAACCUGAUGAUUGUAUCAAAGUCAAUGACUUUAUAGAGUUAGUUUUUACCAAUGAUACGUGUUACCAGUAUUUAAAGCCGACCGUCUGUUAGAUUUUGUGCAGCUCAUGAUCAGUCUGUGCAGCCCUGUCCUAACCAGAUAGCUGCAACUUGAACAUGUGUGUAGUUUCAGGAGUCGCUGAGGUAGAAAGACCAGGAAGCAGCACGCACUACACAGAGAUAUGAUGCACUUCCUGGUCAGGCACUCGUAGAAAACAGUAUUUCAUUAAGUCAGCUAGUAAGCUUUACUGAUCAGCCUUACAUGUGAUGUAGUGGUGGGAGCCUAAAGGACCAUUAUGCUGUUUUAACAUGCCGAGCCAAAGCAUCGUUUGAUCUACAGAUCUGAAAAAAUCUAAUAAAACUGCUCCAUCCCGGGCUUUCGAAAAUAAUAAAAUCUCAACAAAUCGGAAGAAGUUAUGAGGGUUGUCCCAGAUAGUUUUAUAUUUAAUUGACAUCAACAUUCAUAUUCUAAAUCCAAAUUAAAAUGCUGCACAUUCUUUAAUCUGUAUUCUGCUUAAAGCAGUUGCCCUUGGAAAGCUACUGUAUAAAGAUUAGGCUACAAGAAUGUCAUACGUAAUUUUCAUUUUUUUUUUUUUUAAUUAGAUCCAGUGGUGGCAGCGUAGCGUUGAUUGAAACAUUUACAAUAACUCCAGAGUGUAAAGUCUAAAAUAAAAUGUAUUUAAAAAAAGAUGUUCUAAAUAAAUGUAGGCCUGAUUAUUAAAAGUAGCUCUGGUUCAUUAAGCUCCCUCUCCCAGCUGUGGUUCAUUAAGCUCCCUCUCCCAGCUGUGGCUCUUAGAACCAAGUGUCUUUAAACAGUGUGUGUGUGUGCAGUAAAGCCUUUCAACUCACACUGCUAUUAAGUGAUAGUUCCUGCUUCACAUCGGUUUCAAAGCACAGUCUCAAGUUAGUUACAUUUUUACUGAAAUAAAAACAGGAGCUAAGACCAACAGAAAUGUAGUCUUUAGUAUUUUGUAUAAUGUUAUGAAAAAUAUAAAAGAAAAUUCCUUUAAUGUAGUGCUUUCCUCUCUGUGACAGUAAAGAAACUGUCCGCUAGCUCUCCUGAAGCAAAGGAAGAGAUACGUUUUGAAAUAUGCAAUAAACUUAAACCCUGAGUAGUUAGCACAGUGACAGAUCAGUUUAAGAUGUUGUUCAAAGUUCCUCUAUCUUCAUGCAGAAAAGGCAAGUAAGUAAAGCUUUCUUUUUAUAGUAGUUUUUAAACAGCUUCACACACAUCCCAAAAAGAAUCAAUAAAGUAAAAACACUGUAAUUUAUGAUGUAAAACAGAACGAAGACACAGCCCAAAAAAUAGAAAGAUGCCAAACGUACAAGUUCGGCAUGGCAUUUCUAACAUGUAGGAUUGCUGAUUUUAAAUAUUCAACAGUAGAUUUCAGAUCUCAGUGAUUGUUGGCGUUAGCUCGGCAUGUUAGCUCGGCAUGUUAGCUCGGCAUGUUAGCACAGCAGUGGCUCUUUACAGGAAGACAUCAGUGCCAUUCAGUGUUAAAUGUCUCUGUUGUUGUGUCGCGCUGAUACUGCCAACAUUAAUGUUCAUGCUGUCUGUUUUCUCAGCCUCUGUGUCGUGCAAACCUCUAUAAAAAAAAGAUAUGUAUUCUUCAAAAGUGUCUGUCGAGACAAAGUACUGUAUCAUAGGACAUUUGAUUUUAUGUUCUGGAGCCUAAAGAUCAAGUAUACAUUAAAACGUAUACACCUGCCACUCCAAUGUUUUCUUUUGUCAAAGAAAAUAACUAUUUUUGUUUCUCCUUCUAAGCCAAAAGACUCUCGGGAGUUCAGGGUGUUUUAAAUGAAAAUGCCAAUAAAUAAUAUGAAAAUCCA